CGUUGUCCUGUGUCGCUGCAAUACAAAUAAGUUCUGAUUAAAUAGAAGUGACAAGUAAAGUGCAAUCUAGAAGAAUACUAGAAAGUGAAUCUAGAAUAUUUUGGAAGAUUAAGGGAUAAACGUAUUCGCUCUCAUUUAUUUGAGAAUUCACAGAUUAGUUUUAGGUGAUCAUCAUGUCACAGUGGAAUAGUGGGCCUUAUGGUCAAGAUCCUAAUCAAGCAUAUUAUGCUGGUCAGCCGGGAUACCCUCCUCAACAACCAGGGUACCCUCCCCAGCAACCAGGGUACCCUCCUCAGCAACCAGGAUAUCCCCCUCAGGGUGGCUACCCUCCUCAAGGCGGCAUGCCUCCACCAAGUGGCUACCCACCUGCACCAGGAUUCCAGCAACCUCCUCCUUAUGGAGGACAAAGUGACCCUUACAGUGCAGGUGAACAAGUACCCUUCUAUGGUAGUAGUGCCGGAACCUACGGAGGAGCUGGCUACGAGGAUCCCGAGGUGAAAGGAUUCGGCUUCAGCGACCAGACAAUUCGAAGAGGAUUCAUAAGAAAAGUGUACUCGAUCCUUGCCGUUCAGCUAGCGAUAACCUUGGCAUUCAUUUGUUGGCUGCUCUACCACGUUCCCAGUCAGAAAUACGUCCAAAAUAAUCCGGCGUUGUUCUACGUUUCUCUUGCUACAGUGUUUGUUACCUUAAUAUGCUUGGCUUGCUGUGGCGAAAUUCGCAGAAAGGCUCCUAUGAAUUUCAUAUUUCUGUUCAUAUUCACCGUGGCUGAAUCUUUCAUGCUGGCGACUGCAGCUUCAACCUACAAGGCUGAUGCUGUCGCAAUGGCUGUCGGCAUUACGGCCGCCGUUUGCUUCGGGUUGACUUUGUUUGCAUUCCAAACGAAGUGGGAUUUCACCAUGAUGGGGGGAAUUCUCUUUGUGGCAGUUUUGAUUCUUUUCAUUUUUGGCAUCGUCGCCAUCUUCUUCCACAACAAGAUAGUGCAAAUGGUGUACGCUUCUUUGGGAGCGUUAAUAUUCUCGGUGUAUCUGGUCUACGACACUCAGCUGAUGAUGGGCGGCAAGCAUAAGUAUUCCAUCUCUCCGGAGGAGUACAUUUUUGCAGCCAUCAAUCUGUAUGUUGAUGUCAUCAAUAUUUUCAUGUACAUAUUGGCGAUAAUAGGCCAUUCCAGAGAUUAAGGUUUCUGGAGCUCGGUUUUGUUUUUUGUUUAGACACUACAGAUAAUUCUGCUAGGAAUACUCACUCACCAUGGUCCUUGGUUAUAUCAAUUUAUUGGGAAAUCACUAAUAAUAUCACGUUACAUUUUUUACAUUUUCAAUCCAAUGAUGUAAUAGAAUUGAAAAGAAAUAACCGUUUGACUGAUGUACAUUUUUAUGUUGAACAUGUACUUGAAUUCAAGAAUGAACAGUACCUGCAACUGGGCAACAAUAUAAGGUAAUAAAAAGUAGGGUGGAUCUAAGAAUAUGAAAUUAAAGAAUCACAAUUAAAGAAAACAAAAUCCGGAUUUUGUUUUCUCUAUUUCUACUCUACUCCAAAAACAUAUUGUAACAAGAAAUGCAUCCCUCUUGGAUACCAUUUUAUUCUUCCAUCAAAAAACUGUCUGCUUCUAAUCUAGUUUAGAUAAGACAAAUAUAUAAUGAUACUUAAAAAUUGUGACCUUUUAUCUUAGAAGAGUUUUUCAUUAACCUGUUACUAACAUUCUUGACACUGUCUUUUUGCUUUUCAAAGUUCCCCGCACUGUUUGUGGGGAACUCUAUGUCUUUAUUUAUUUCCAACUAUAUAACUUGAAUGAGUCUCCAAAAAAAUUUAUUAGAGUUUCAUUAAACUUUGCGAUACUGAGUGGUCUCUCUUAGAAAAAAUGUUAGGGGACGAUUUAAAAAAAUCAGUAGAGAGAAUAUAUUCAUAAACCUCUAACAAAUUACACUUCAGUUAGAAAUAAACUGUCCUAAUCUGUGCAGUUCAGGCAGCGUUAUACUCUUUUUGUAGUUAUGAAACUUUUGAAUCUGAUUUUCCCUGAUUUGAUAGGACCUCCCUAGUAGUCAUGCCUUGCUUUUAAGUAACAUAUGCUCUAGUAGAAUUUUCUGUAGUUUGUAUCGUAUACAUUAAUAUAAAUAUGUUUUUUUGAUGUUCUUUGUUGUUCAAAAUAUAUUACACUAGUUAUUGUGCUAGGAAUUUGUUUAUAUAACUUGGAAAGGUGAGUCACUUUAUGGUAGCUGCAAGAUUGUUUUUCAAUCAACAGAAUGAAAAGUUUUAUUUCGGUACAUGAACCUACUUACCAUAAUUUUUUUUUUUCAAUCGAUUGACAAUUGACUUCAGUCGUACAAUAGUUUUCGUGACAUUUUUAAGUAGUUAAAUUUGAGAGGAUAUUUUUUAUUUUUUUGUUUUCAUCCACAAAUACAUUUAUUGUAAAGCAAAUAAUUUCAACAUAUCAAAUUUGCAAUAAUUUUAAUCAUUUCCGAAUUCAUCAGAUCAUCAAGUGAAAAAGUGUUAACACGGAGGUGAAUUUUGAGUUAAUUUUGCCCCUAACCAAAGGUUUGGAUGUAUUUGGAAAACCUAAGGCUCAAUUGGACUGGAGAAUUGUCAAUUUUCAACUGUGAAUCUUAUUUUGAACUCAAAAAUGCCUAACUGCACUAGACUUAGAUAACUUGUUCUUUAGGUUUAUAGCUUUACAGUCUAACGAUUUUUAUUUAUCAAUUUGAAGACAAUAAACAACAAUUCUUUUCAAACCUUUGAAUUAUUCAUAUAAAAUGUCUCGAUUUGUAUAUCAUUUUAAUCAAUUGUAUGUUAAUAUUUUGUGUAGUACUGAACUUGGAAACUGGUAAAGAAAAUUGUUUGUUUGGCAUUAGCAAUAAGACUACUCAAAUUAACCAAAGAGCAGAUAUACUUUUAAUAUUUAAGCAGUAACUAAAUUAUGUUCCGGGAUAUCUGCCAUUACAGUAAUCUCGCUUGUUAAUUAAUAUGUAGGAUAUCAUGGAACUGAAUUGUGUUGCUGAACACAGUUUUUCAUACUGUUUGUCUACUUGGGUUGGUUCAUUUGUUGUUUGACACAAGAAUGUGAUAUUCGGUGGGACUGACCGUAAGAGAAAUUAUUCACUCACAACUAUUUACAAUAAUGCUUGAUUAUAAGUCAUUUAAAUUUGCAGAUAAGAUGUAGAUAUAAAAAGAUGAGAAUAUGUUAAAUGUUUACAGUAUUUUGAGUAUUUAUGAAUCUGAAAUGUAUACUUAUGUAGGAUCAUAUAACAUUCAAAUAAAAAUUAUUCAAAAAGUU